GGGCGUGGCCGAGGGGGCGGAAUUUCCCGGCCGACUGGGACACGUGGCUCCGUGUCUCUAAGUCAACGUGAGCUUUUGGGAUCCUACAUUCAUUCCGAAGCCAUUUGCUCCUGCAUACCACUACCCCGCCCCUGAAUAAGGCUUGACAGCGACGGGGAGAGGACGGGGAGACACCGUGUGGCGCGGCUGCUGUGAAAUCUGACGGACCAUGACUCUGGAAGCGAUCCGGUACCGGGCCGGGUCCCUGCAGAUCCUAAACCAGCUGCUUCUUCCGCACGACAGCGUGUACGAUGAGAUCCGUUCGGUGCAGGACGGAUACGAAGCGAUCAAGGCAAUGAAGGUGCGGGGGGCUCCUGCGAUAGCCAUCGUGGGCUGUUUGAGCCUGGCGGUGGAGCUCCGGGCUGGCGCUGGUGGGGACGACCCCGUUUCCUUCAUCCGGGAGUCGCUCAGCUACCUGACGUCGGCAAGACCCACCGCCGUGAACAUGGGCCGGGCGGCCCGUGAGCUCAUGGAGUUCGCCGUGAACGAGAGCAUGGAGAAGCCUCCAGACCAGCUGCGGGAGAGUGUGAUUGGCUGGAUUGAGGAGAUGCUGGAGAGAGACCUGAACGACAACAAGAAGAUCGGGAAUUUCGGGGCACAGCACAUCCUGUCAGGAGUCCCCGUGGAAUCUGUGACCAUCCUCACACACUGCAACACUGGCUCACUGGCGACAGCAGGCUACGGCACAGCUCUGGGCGUGGUCCGCUCGCUGCACGCCCUCGGCCGGCUGAAGAGGCUGUACUGCACAGAGACCAGGCCGUACAACCAGGGGGCGAGGCUGACCGCAUACGAGGCUGUGGCAGAGGGCAUGCCAGCUACGCUCAUCACGGACAGCAUGGCGGCGCUGACCAUGCGGCAGCAGGGCGUCACGGCUGUGGUGGUAGGGGCCGACCGCGUGGUCGCCAACGGUGACACGGCCAACAAGGUGGGCACGUACCAGCUCGCCAUUGCAGCCAAACACCACGGCAUCCCCUUCUACGUGGCGGCGCCCAGCACCUCCUGCGACCUGAGCAUGGAGACUGGCAGGGACAUCGUGAUCGAGGAGCGCCCCCCAGAGGAGCUGACCAGCAUCAACGGCAACCCCAUCGCUGCCCCAGGCAUCGAGGUAUGGAACCCAGCAUUUGACGUGACCCCACACCAGCUGAUCACUGGAGGCAUCAUCACAGAGCUGGGCGUCUUCCUGCCCUCGGAGCUACAGGCGGCGCUGACGGGACGCCUCACCGCCCUCUAGACCCACUCCCCACUAACCACCCACCCCCCUUUGCUCAUCACAUACACUCACUCCACUGGCAUGUGGCAUCGGGGGGAGGGGUGCUGAUCACCAUCACAUUGACACUGUCGCCUGGGGUGGUUACGCAGACAGACUGCCCCCUCGCCCCCCCACCACCUCCAUUAUCCCGGUGCCUGUGUCCCUCUCCCUGCCCUCGGUGUCCUCCUGUCUCACCCCCAGACCCGCCUCUCCACACUGUUAGCGAUUCUCAGCCCUCAGAUGACGCUCAUUCUUUCUGUUCAGAGGCUUCACAUGCAUUUUGAGUGGGAAAUGCACGCAUUCCAUGUAAAUAAAUGCUUCUGGCCACAUGAA